UUUUCCACACGAGUUUAUCUUUUCUAAUUUCCAAAAUAAAUAAAUAAAACACAACAUUUAUAGACACACUAGUAUAUAUAUACUAUAUAUGAGACCAUUGCACCAUGUGUGAAAUUAGAAUUCAAAAUCAGAAUCAAAAUAAAAAAUAUUCCAGAAAGGCAAUUAAGGCUCUGAAAUGCGCCAUACCUUAUUUAGUGCUCUGUUUUUCGGCGGCGAUAUUGAGUGGGAAAAGGAGCGAUAAUUCCACAAUCAUUAACUAUCAUCACAGAACAACAUCUUUCACGAUCUUCCCAAUUCAAUACGGUUUCUCAAUUCCGAUGGCUUCCAUAGAAACCGUCCAGUGCUACUGUUGCGGCUUAACGGAGGAGUGCACACGGCCGUACAUUGAUCGUGUUCGCGACUGUUACCAUGGCCGUUGGAUUUGCGGUUUAUGCGUAGAAGCUGUGAAAGAAGAAACGUUGAAGUCGCAGAGAGAUAUUACAACCGAUGAAGCACUGAAGCGACAUAUGAAGUUCAGAGCUUUAUCUUCGAGUCCCCCGAAUAAACCUGCUCUCGAUUUGAUUCUUGCUGUGAAACAUCUUUUCUUUAGGUCUUUUGAUUCUCCGAGGAAAGAAGGUUUCAGUUUUGGUAGAUCGCGGAGCUGUUUUUCUUCUACUGUGAAUGGAGGAACAACAACAACACAGGCAGUGAAGGAGGGAGAGACAAGUUAGGGUUAGGGUUAGGGUUAAGGUUAAGGUUCAACUGCUGUAAUCAUGGUGUGUGGUUUUUAAGGUUGUUUGUGAGAAUUUAGUUCUAGGUUAAUUGGGUUUGUUUCUAUUUCUUCGUUUAGUGACUUUAAUCUAACAGAUGUUACUUCAUUUUGUUACUUUGUUUUCUUAUUGAAUUAUAUAUUUUAAGUUUGUUAAUAA